AAUAAUGAAAGACAGAGUGCAGGCCCUCACUUCCCCUUCCUGCACAGUGCAGACGUGUGUGCCACGGAACAGUCCUCGCUGGUGAGCCUGAAGCAAACAUGGACCAAGAAACUCUGAGCAAUAUUGUCCUGUUGGCCAUCGUCACCCUCAUCAGCGUGGUCCAGAACGGGUUCUUCGCCCACAAGGUGGAGCAUGAAAGCAAGACCCAUACUGGGCGGAGCUUCCAGAGGACAGGGACACUUGCCUUUGAACGGGUCUAUACUGCCAACCAAAACUGUGUUGAUGCGUACCCCACUUUCCUCGUCGUGCUCUGGAGUGCAGGGCUACUAUGCAGCCAAGUUCCUGCUGCCUUUGCUGGGCUGAUGUACCUGUUCGUGAGGCAAAAGUACUUCGUUGGCUACCUAGGAGAGAGAACUCAGAGCACACCUGGCUACAUAUUUGGGAAGCGUAUCAUACUGUUCCUGUUCCUCAUGUCCCUUGCUGGCAUAUUCAACUAUUACCUCAUCCUAAUUUUCGGAAGUGACUUUGAAAACUACAUAAAGACGAUCACCACCACCAUCUCCCCUCUGCUUCUCAUUCCCUAGCUCUAUGCUGAAUACAGGGUUGGUGCUCUCAUCUGAUCAAUACCUAGGCGUCAUCAUUGCUUAGCCCUUGAGAGAUGCAGGCCCUCUUAGAUAGGAAAUAAAUCUAAUGACCAUCCGGGCUUCACAGCUUGAGUUCACCUUGCUUUUUCUGGAAGAAAAUAAUUCUCUGUCAGCUCCGCCCCUUGAAAAUGACAGAGGCCCCAAAUUUGUUACUCAGACCCACUCUGUAUGUUCCUUGAUUUAUCCUGCUUCCUGAAGAUGUUUUGGGAUCAGAUUUGUGUUUUCCUAAAAUAAAAUGCAGACACGUUUGAAGCUG